AUUUGAGCUCUCUCACUGUCUUUUCCUCCUUCUCCAUCUCAGAGAAGUCACAGCCGCAUCCGCCAUUAAAGCUAGGCGGCGAGAAAAUUUCAAAAUCCUGUUUGGAUCCCACGGAUCCCAGGGCAAAUUAUGUGAAAUGGGUGUUCCAUCUGGGGUUUAAUUCUUUUUCGGUGAAUACCCAAUUUUUGCUGUGGAGAGGAAGGCUGUUAUUUGAUUUCGAAUUUGAAUACCCAAUUGAGUAAACAUGGUGAGGGAGCAAAGAGUAGAGUCGUUUUAUGCUUGGCUUCGAGAAUCUGCUAAGGCAUCAGCGCUUACUCUUCUGUUAAUAUUCCCAUCAACUUCUGAUGUAGACUCCCUUUGUGCCUUGAAGAUUAUGUUUCAUAUUCUUGAGUCUGAUUCAGUACGUUACCCGUGUUAUCCGGUAUCUUCAUUUCAAGAAAUCCACAAAUACAUUGGGGAUGAUUUGAGUUUUUCAUCAGAUGAGCGUAUUUCCAUCCUUUUGAUAAAUUGGGGUUGUCACCGGGACUUGCGGAGGGAUCUGAAGUUGGGUCUUGCAACUCGGGUUUUUGUUGUUGAUCGUCACAGGCCGAUUCAUUUGCACAAUUUAAGUGAUCAGAAUGAGCAGGUGGUUGUUCUUUAUACCCAUGAUGAUGAGCAGCAAGCUGAUUUGGCAUAUGAUUUUGAUGUUAUGGAGUUGGCAAAUGCCAGCAAUUGCCUACAUAAUUCAAAGUUGUACGGUGAAGAUUAUGAGGAUGGGAAUGAAAGUGAAGAUGAAGACGAGGAUGAUGAAGAGGAAGAUGGAGAAGGGGAUGGGUCUAGGAAGAGAAGAAGGACGACUCUGGAGAAUGUAGAGGAACCAAAUUCAAGGCGUUUUAAGAAAUUGAAAAGGGAGUAUUAUCAUAUGGGUACUUUCCAUGGUACCAAGCUGGGGUUAUGGAACUUGCAACAUAUUAACAGCUCAGGAAAUUUGGAUGCAGUCACUUCAGUGAUCCUUAAAGACGGGAUAAAGGUUCGAGCACCUGAUUUCUCAAGAAUUGCCUAUGAAGAGGAACCGAGGCUUAUGCUGUUAAGGGAGUGGAACUUAUUUGACUCAAUGUUGUGUUCCUCCUACAUUGCCCCUACAUUGAAGACUUGGAGUGAUAAUGGUAUCAAAAUGCUUAAGCUUCUUCUUGCACAGAUGGGAUUUGCGAUUGUUGAUUGCCAGCAAAAGUUUCAGUACAUGAAUCAUGAAGUAAAACAAAAGAUGAAUGAUGAGUUUGAACGAUUUUUACCUGAAUAUGGGCUUAAUGAUUUCUACUACGAGAGUUUUUGUGUGACUCCAUGGGUACAGUUCAAAGGUUUCAGCUGCAGAUGUGGUACAUGGAGCUACUGCACUACUGGAAUCCUUUGUGGAGUUUGAUGGCUCUUGUGCUUCAAAGCAAUUUGGUGUUGCUUGUGAUGCAUUGUCCUUGUGCAACCUUGAUAAGUUGAAAGCUGGGAUGCAACGAGCAAUCAGAAAACAAAAGGGCCAUUCUUAGACAAGGAAGUGCAGCAGUAACAAAGCGCGGCUGUAUUAGAAGUGGGAGAAAGUUCAGGUGGGUGAAACUUGAAGAUUCAGUGGAUGCAAAGCUGUUAGGCGACCCCCAAGCCUUGACCAAAUUCUGCUACUUUCUAAUGGAUGCCUCGAAGGAGAAAGGAGCUAGAAUGAAGCCUUUGCUCUGUACUUGUGCAUUGCAAGAGUCAGGAAAGGUACUGUUGUGGUUUGCGGGAAGCCUUGACUUGGAGCAGUUCAGGGGAAUGCCCUUGGUGUUGCUUGGAAUGCGGCUGGGGAAACUGGAUCUGUUUUCUUCCAUGAACUGUUUGAAUCUUCAUGGAUAGUUUUGGAUGUUGAAGCUGUUAAUCUCUUCAUGAUAAGCUUAAGUGAAAAGUUGACUUAAGAAACCAUGUAUCAUUGGUUCUUACCUAAGUGUGGUAUUUAGAGAGAAUAUUUUUUGAUUUCUGAAAUGAUUCAUAAAUAAAAGCUAAAAACUCAGAAAAUAAUCGAGUUAUUGCAUGCCUUUUGUGAUUUUAGUUGCAGUGGUUGAAAGACAGUUGUUGGUAUUCCUUGGAAAAUUGUUUCCCCUUUUGAUCUGUGGUUGAUUUGGCUGGAAAUUUGCACUAAUUU